GGCUCGGGGGCGGGGCGCUAGUUGCUGAGGCGCGUGGUGGCGCGCGGGCUGUUGGUACUGCUCUAGCCUGCGCAGACUCAGCUGUGCUCCGGACUGAGACGCCGGGUAGGAAACGAUGGCUGCGACACCCGGCGCGAACAGCAGCAGGAGGCUGAGCGAGCCCCCGGCGCCUCUCCCUGGUCUAUCGCACGGCUUCGGGAACCCUCCGAUCAAGCGGGCCCGAGGCUUCCCGGAGGCCGCGGACCCCGAAGACCCGUUCGACGAGCACGCGGAAUUCACUGAAGACGACCUAGAGGAACUCGACAUCCUCGCGUCACAGGCCCUUAGCCAGUGUCCGGCCGCGACCCCGAACUUGUCCAGUGUUCACAAGAUCCGCCGAUUAGAUGGGUUACCAAAAAGUCCUGCAGGAAAAAACAGAGAAAAUGUACCAGUUAAAGAUAAUUUCGAAUUAGAGGUACUUCAGACACAAUAUAAAGAACUUAAAAAAAAGCUAAAAGCAAUGGAAGAAGAAGUCCUAAUUAAGAAUGGAGAAAUUAAAAUUUUACGUGACUCACUGCAUCAGACAGAAUCCAUUCUAGAAGAACAGAGAAGAUCACAUUUCCUUCUUGAGCAAGAGAAAACUCAAGCACUCAGUGAAAAGGAAAAGGAGUUCUCCAAAAAGCUCCAGUCACUGCAGUCUGAACUCCAGUUUAAAGAUGCAGAAAUGAAUGAAUUAAGGACCAGGCUUCAGAGCAGUGAACAAGCAAAUAGACUGGCUGCUCCCACCAGGUCCCACAUGAGUCCUAGGAAAAGCUUUUCUGUGGUUAUAAAGCCAGAAGCAUGUUCUCCAUACUUUGGAAAAUCAACUUUCCCUACAAAGGAGUCUUUUAGUGCUAACAUGCCACUCUCCUAUCCCUGCCAGUCAGAGGCAGGAUGCAAGUCUCUGGUGGGCCGAGAGAUUUCAGAUGAGACUCACAAUCUGAGAAGUAACAUCAUAAAACCUGCUGUGCAGCAGAAAACUCUUACUGAGAGCUGGAUGCAAAGAUCCAAUACUCAAGGUUCCAUUUUGAUAAACCUGCUCCUGAAGCAGCCUUUGAUCCCAGGGUUAUCUCUAGGUCUCUGCCACCUCCUGAGCAGUUGUUCUGAGGUUCCUACUGGCACUCUCUCACAGCCACCAGGACUUGGCAGUAACUUGAUUGGGAUUUCAAGCCUCAAGGCCACAGGUUCUCGUGAUGGGUUGUUUUCCCCCUCUACCUUGAGAGAAGCACAGAACUUGGCACUCACUGGACUAAAUCUGGUUGCCAGGAAUGAAGAAGGCUCACAUGAUGGAGACCCAGAAGCAGAAAGCAGAAGAGUCUUCCCACUCUGCCACCUUCCUGGAGCUGUGCACAUCCUCCCACUUGUACACUUCUUCAUUGGUUUGCACUGUCAGGCUCUGCAGGAUUUAGCUGCAGCUAAGAGGAGUGGCACCCCUGGGGGCUCUCCAACACGUACAUCCUGUGUGAGCUCUGGAGCAGAGGCCAACUCUGAGGACUCCCUCUGCAACCUGGAAAGCUUCUCUGUGGCUUCACUUAGCAUCCUUCAGCACCUGGUGUGCCACAGCGGAGCAGUUGUCUUCCUGUUACUGUCAGACAUGGGGACAGAAUCUGCUGACAGGGAAGGAAAUGGGUACCUAGGUCAGACUCAUACAGAUGUGAUCUCAGCCCCCAGGGAGGCGGAGGAUGACCAACGACAGCAUCCACUGUUGAAGAUGCUUCUUCAACUGUUGGCUUUCUCUUCUGCAGCAUCAGGUCACUUUCAAGCCAAUGUCCUGAGUCAGUGCCUCAAGGUUUUGGUGAAAUUAGCUGAAAAUGCUUCCUGUGAUUUCUUGCCCAGGUUCUCCUGUGUAUUGCCAAUGCUGCCACAGUGUCUCAACCCAGAGCUGCCACUGCCUUGUGUGCUGCUGGCUGUUGAGCUGCUCUCCCUCCUGGUGGACCAUGAUAGCCUUGCACAGCAGCUGUGUUCCCACUCAGAAGGUUGCCUUCUCCUGCGGCUGUACAUAUACAUCAUAUCAAGGCCUGACAAAGUGGCCUCGGAAACACAGUGGCUUCAACUGGAACAAGAGGUGAUAUGGCUCCUGGCCAAGCUGAGUGUGCAUAGCCCUUCUCCCCCAGUCACUGGUUCUGACUGCCAAUGCAAUGUGGAGGUAGUCAGAGCGCUCACCAUGAUGCUACACAGACAAUGGAUGACCAUGCGGCGGGCAGGGGGGCCCCCAAGGACCCACCAGCAGAAGCGGACGGUGCGCUGUCUGCGAGACACAGUGCUGCUGCUGCAUAGCCUGUCUCAGAAGGACAAGCUCUUUACUAUGCAUUGUGUGGAGGUCCUGCAUCAGUAUGACCAGGUGAUGCCAGGAGUCAGCAUGCUGAUUCGAGCCCUACCUGAUGUGACUGACUGUGAAGAGGCAGCCUUGGACGACCUCUGCGCUACAGAAACAGACACGGAGGACCCGGAAAUGGACUGUAGCUGAGGCCCUGAGCAUCCAGCCACAAGGUGGCACCAGCUCCCGCUGCUGCCCUUAACCUC